GAAAGACUUAAAGUAUGAUCAACAAGAAGCAACUUGUUUCCAUUAUUAUGACACAAACUCAGUGGACGUGGAGCAAUGAGCUUCUCACAUUUUGUUUCCUUUAUCCAUUGUUCCUCAUUUGCAAAAGCUGGUAGACGAAGACACAGUGGAGGAAGAUGGGAGUAUCAUUGGCAAUUGCAUUAAAAAGUCUCUUCGCCGUGUUGGGAUGUUUGGCCUCAGCCGUUGUAAUCUAUACUGUCGUCACUGAUGGCCUCCCUUUCCGCUUAGAACUCCUCACACCGUGGAUGGCAGCAACCUUGAUAGAUUUCUACAUCAACAUUUUUGCAAUAGGGUCCUGGGUUGCCUACAAGGAAUCCAACUGGAUUACUGCACUACUUUGGGCGGUCUUGCUGUUCUGUUUAGGAAGCAUUACUACAUGCGGCUACAUUGUCUUGCAGUUCCUGAAUCUUUCAACUCAAGAAUCUAUACAGGAUCCAAUUUACUUUGUUCUAUUACGACGCCAGCAAAAGACUGAAACAGAACAAAGGAGGAAGUGUUCUCUUUUAACUGCAAGAAUUCUAUCUCUUGUUUUGGGCUGUCUGAUGCUAGGGACACUGAUUUACACCAUUGUAAUUGAUGGUUCUCCAUUUCGCAGAGAUGUUUUCACUCCGUGGCUAUCAGCAACACUAGUUGAUUUCUAUGUCAAUAUUGCGGCUCUCUCGGUCUGGAUUGCAUAUAAGGAAUCAAGUUGGCUAAGUGCAGCUUUCUGGAUAAUACUAUUAAUUUGUUUUGGCGGCAUCAGCACAUGCGCCUAUAUUGCUCUACAGCUUUUCAGUCUCUCAUCUCAAGAUCCCAUCUACCUUAUUCUUUUCAGCAGCAGCAACAGUUGUUCUUACUAGGGCAGAAAACGGGUAUGAAGGAAUCAACUGAGUACGAAGCUUUAUGGCUAAUUUGGUUUGAUUUGAUAGUGGAACUCUUGAGCCAUUCUUAUUUUUUUAACGAAUACGUUAACAUACUAGAUUUGUAAUAUACAUAUGUUUGUGUAAACGAACCAGAAUAUUUUCUGUAAUAAUUUAUUUUACUGUCUUUUGCGGACUAAUAUUUUGUUA